ACCAAACAAAAGUCAAUUUGACGUGUGUCGGCUCCUAGACAAGCAAGAAAUGUGAACAAACACUAUAAGUCCGCCGUGAACUAUACCUCGUUUGAGAAGGCCUUUGUUAAUUUCGCACAUUAUAUUCUUCAAUAGCGUGCUUGUCAAACUAGGGGCAUGGCUGCAACCCGUGGUUUCCAAGCUGGAUUCCAGAAGAGCUCAGCUGGGCAAAGCAGUUGCAAGCUUUACGAACAUCCCAGCUCGAUGGAUUCUAAUUCAAUCGAAGUGCUCAAGUGCCCAGUUUGCUCGUACAUAACGCAUACAAAGUCUCGUUUGCGGAGACAUAAGCUGCGUCAUUUUCAAACGGUCGAUGAAAAAUUGUUCGGUUGCAUACAUUGUAAUGGAAAAUUUAAGAGUUUUCGAAGCCUCGAUGACCAUAUCAUAAAAAAACAUCCGCAACAAAUUUCCUCAGUUACUAGUAAAAUAUUUAAAUGUCUUGUGUGCCCUUACAAAACUACUAUAAAAGAUAGCCUAAACAGACAUAUCUCGUCGGCGCAUCCAGAGACACGAAUGCAAACUGCGACUUCCAAACUGCGUUUCAGAAGAGCCUGACUGAGCAAAGGUUCAGACUGACCCCCAGCAAGAUUUACGAUUGUCCACAUUGUGAAGCACCAUAUCAUCAUAAAAUAGCAUUAAAUCAACACAUAUUGAGAGAGCAUCCUAGUUUGGCGUAUUCUAUUAAUGGUAAAAUUCACAAAUGUCCAGAUUGCACGUAUACAACCGCUAUAAAACAUCUCUUCAGCAAACAUAUGCUACACCAUUCUCAAACAAUGGUAGCGACCUCUGAUAGUUUUUUCAGUUGUGUACAUUGUAGCGUAAAAUUUAAAAGUAUUCAAAUUCACGAUGAUCAUGUAAUGAAAAGGCACCCGCAACAUUUAUCUUCUGUUACUAGUGAAACAUUUGAAUGUCAUGAAUGCCCUUAUAAAACUACUGUAAAAGAUUAUCUAAGAAGGCAUAUUUCAUCAACGCAUAAAGUAGCACCUUCUAGCUUCAACUUGAACAUAUGUAUACAUUGCGGUACUAUGUUUAACAAUAUAGUAAGGCUAGAUGAUCAUAUAGUAAGAACACAUCCAGAAUUUAUGACAACAAUUACAAGAAAAAUAUAUCGCUGCUCAAAUUGUUCUUAUAAAACUGUGAGGAAAACUGAUAUGGACAAGCAUCUACUGAAUCAGCAUGGUGCUGUUUCAAAUUGUGAAACGAACAAAUGUAAAAUUUGUAAUAUAUCGUUCGCAAGAAAAAUGAAUCUGGAUGAUCAUGUACUUAAAAAGCAUUCUGAUUAUGAAUUCACAAUUACAAGUAAAAUACGUAGCUGUCCAGAAUGCCCUUAUAAAACUACUAUAAAAUCCAGUUUAGACAAGCACAUGCUGUCAACGCAUAAAAAAGAUGACUAGCGAUAAAAUACAAGUUUUGAAUGGACUCAUAAAGGGUUUUCCAGUAAGGACGGGCGGUGGUGCUAAGUACCAAUCUGACCGCCCUCGUAUGUUUACUUAUUUCGUACGACUUUUUGUCGUAACCUCCAAAAAUCGGGGAUUCUAUUCGGCUCAACAUAAAUGUAGCAUUUCUAAACAUUUCAUGUCAGUUUGGCAACAUCGCAUCGGUAUAUGCAUACCUAUGAUUGAAUCGCGAGGAUCCUUGACAGAAUGUCGAGCCAUCUAUGAGCGACUUGUCUGACGAAUAACGCUCACAGAUGGCCGUUUUUUUUUAAACCAGUAAUAGUCUAAGAACCGAUCAUAGCAAAGAUUUGGUUACAUGACGUUUUGAUAUAUUAGGUUAAAAACUGGCGAAAUCUUACAAAAAAGCAAGAAGAAAAAACGGAAAAUGGCACUUAUACCCUAUUUCACGAGUAUCCAUCACGGUAGAAUGGCAGAUGAUUAUCUAGCAAUAUUUCAAAAUUCUCCAUAUAUGAAAAGCACACAUCCGUCAAUGCCAGGUAGACAGAGCUAUAUUUUGUUUUGGUUUUUUGUGCGCUACAGAUUUAUUUUGUACUUGCUAAAAGCUCUUUUAUUUAGAAAGGUUCAUUUGCAUACAAAAACAAACUAAUUUCUCCAAAAUCACAAUUUAAAAUGCUGUUUCCUACCAGAAAUAGAUUAUUUGAAUUAUUGAAAUCAUCUUAUCCAUUGCAUGGAUUGGAUUCUCAUUAAUAAUUCAUUUGUAAAAUUAUUCUAUAUUAUUAGCUAUUUCAACCAGAAGGAUUGUUAGAUUAGUAUGCCC